AUGGAAGUUGUUGCACUCAAUGCGCGUCUGCGCAGUGACUUUUCAGUGCUGCUGAAGCAACUUCCACGAUUAGGCAACAUACCUAUCUUGUCUACUAUGAGCGUCUCUGUCUGUGACACUCGAUCGCCGUCUCCUGCAGUCUCUAAUGAUCUCUAUACGCAGCACUGUCGCUUCAUGUUACGGCGUCUCAAUUCCUAUCAGUAUGAUUCUACGAGCGCAUUUCUGCGAGAUCUGGAGCAAUUGGAGCGCAUGGCCGAGUCUCCAAUAAUGAAGCAGCAAGUAAAGAAUAUUGUAGACCGUCUGUCAGUUUCUGAGGGUGGGAAACGAGAUGAGAAGAGUUUGGUGAAAGCCGCGAAUCUGUGCGGGACGACCGUCUCGCUAGGCUCGAGUUCCGACGUCCUUGGGCUUCAGGAAGUUACGUCCAUUGGCUCAUCAGAAGAAGAGACCGAAGCAAACACAAUGUGGCUGUGUAAUUUGACACUGAACCAUCAGAUAUUGACAAUUGGGACUUUCAAGACGAAGGAAGAGGCGUUCCAUGGAUACGAAGAGCAAAGGAAGUUAAUGGCGAAAAGUGCUGCAGGAUUCAAUAACAUGAAGCUACUAAUUGCCAACUUGGAGGAAGAACAACGGAAAGAAGAUACGAGGGUGUUAAAGGAAGCGGUAGCUCAGUGCCAUCCGAGAUUAACGACGAUGAAAGUGACUGCUCUGACAUUGGCACCUCCUGCAAAUAACAUGGCGUCGAUAGCAAGAGGAAUUCCGCGGUUUGUGGCGAGGAGUGUUGCAGCAGUCACAGCUUCGUCUUCACCUGAGGCGAGUCAUGUACCGUCAGAGACUGAAGCAUCACCACGAAGAAUUGUGAAGGCUUCCAAGAGACAUGGAGCAGAGAACAGUAUUAGUGCUGCUGUGUCGACGAAGAGGGUAAUAUCAGUUGGCAAUUCCGCUGCAAGCAGCUCAUCGGCAGGUGAUCGAUCGUAUUUAAAAUUACGUCGGCGUAUUCAGAAGCGUUUGUGCCGGCAUCUGAAAGGAAAAGAAGUAUGUGUGCUGUCGAGCUCUGACAAAUUUGAAGGUAGAUUGCGGGCUUCCGGGCGCCUUGAGGCCGGCAAAGUGUUUUCAUUUCGCCGCAAAAAGCAAAUAAGCUUUGCUGAUUAUGUGUGUGACGAACUCGGUCGAGCUGAGUCGGCGUGUGCGCACAUGUUUCUUAUUCGGUCGAGAGAAAGUAUCGAUGACCACCUGAAAGUCUGCGACGCUUUCGUGGACAACGAACAUGAGCCAGCCAGGAGUCACCUAACGCCACGCAAGAAGCGAAGAAGCAUCACGCCAGAUACGCUAACGAGAUGA